AUGAUUUCGUCUGCAACACACCUCCUCCGUCCUCACCAAGUGGUUGAUUGUCAUCGGUUAACUCCACCGUUGAUUCUUGGAAUGAUGAAGGAACUGUGCCGGUGGUGGAGAUUCCCAACAACAGUAUCAGCUCUCUCUCUCUCUCUCUCUCUCUCUCUCUCUCUCUCUCUCUCGCUCGCUCGCUCUUCUCUCAAGUGCACCGGUGGAGACGAAGCUGACGAUCGCCCCACCCCCACACUAUCGUCUAGCGAUUGGAUCGUCUCUCUUCCGCCACCAUCAGAAUCUACCACCGCCUCCAUGAUCGAAACUCCACCAAGCUUUGGUAGGAUGAGUCACCUCCAACUUCUUCAGCAUGUCGAUGUUCCUCAAAAGCAUCGAUGUUCUGGAUUUGGGUUAUUGGCGCCUCCACCGACAUCUCACGUCUCGAUCUUCUCUCAAGUGAUCAUCAAACACCUGACCCCCACGCCUCCACUCUUCGUCUUCUCUCUUAUGCUACCAUCAUCAGCCGUAUCUUCUUAUGCCGACCAUCAUAGCAUCGUAAUUGCUUCCUUCACUGUCGCUGACAACGAGACGGCUCUGGGUAGCGAUGGAUGGAGCUCACAGACAAUAUUUAAUUGGUUCAGGGCUUCGGUGCAUGUGUAG